UCAGUCGGGGUUGCCAGUUUCGCAGUAGUCAAGCAAACCACCGCUUCCUGUAGCGGCCAACGUCACUCUCUUGUUCUAAGGAGGCCUUGGCUCCUUGCGUCGAAGAGCGGCUUUCACCUGCGCCGUCUCGUGGCCGUCGCUCGCAGAGGCAGGUGGCGCCCGCACUUUCGCCCACAGCCCGCGCGUGAGGACCGUCGGAGAGCAUCGUUCCCUUCGCCGCUGCUCGCAAUGCAUCCCGUCGCCGUCCUCGUCGCGGCGGCCUGCCUCUUGGGCCUGCACGCCGUCCACGCCAGGCCCACCAUCUACAUGGUGAACGAGAACGAUAAGCUGGAGCCAGCGCUGGUACCUGUCUCCUCCACAGUCAUCCCCUUGCCUGUCUACAAAGUCAGCGCAAGUCUUGGUUUCGCUGAAAAGAAGGGCGUAAAAACAUCUGAACCUGUGAAGCUUAUUACAGGUGGCAAAAAGAAAUCACAUCAAGAUGAUAACAUUGCUAUUAAUAUUAAGCAAAUUUCAAAAGAAGAAUAUGAGCUUCAGCCAUGAACAAAAACAAGAAUAUAAACAGAUAAUCCAAAGAAUGAAACUUAAAAAGCAAUAACCAUGCAAAGGAUUGCCAUUCAAUGGAACUAAUCAUUACAACUUACUGAGGUGACUGGAAAUCAAUAAUAUUGAAUCCAAUAAUGUCUAUGAACUAAUAUCCAUUUUAGAAAAAUUCAUAGUUUUGGACAACAAAAGCUAUGCUUUGAUCCAGCGAAGUUCAUAUAAGUUCAGUUAGACAAUGUCCUUAAAUAGGAUAAACUAAUUGGUAAUUCUACAGUCAUAUUAAGAGGUCUAAAGAUAAUGAAUUUUCUUUGACUUUUUUGUGAACAUUUUGAUAAUUUUUAAUUCAAUGUUCUCUUGUUCCUGUUUGGAAAUGAGUUGUUACAAUUAAGAAUCAAACAUUAAUUCUCAAAGAUACAAAAUUGAAUAUGCUGGAUUAGAUGAAUAAAAUAUUAAAAUUUACUUACAUGGUAUCUGGAGAAAUAUUAUAAUUAAAUGAAACUACAUGUCUUAUAUAUUAAUUCUCACAAGGACUUUGGAAGCUCAAGUUUCCAUUGUAACAGAAUCAUUUUAAUGAGAAUUUUUCUUCAGGAUCUCAUUGAAAUCAACAAGUACAUAUAAGAUUGACAUAAAUGAGUAAAUAUGGCAUUUUGAUGAAAGCCAGCCUGCUUUUGUUUUGUUUUUUCCUUUGUAAUUUUAAACCAUUUUAUAAGGAAAACUUGAUUAGUUAAUAAUUGUGGCACAGAUAAUUGAUUGUUUCAUUAGUAUGGUAUAUUAUGAAAAAUACAUAAACAACCGUAAUAUUGGAAAGAUUUUCCUUCUUUAUUUGUAUGUUAUCCAAUAAUGCAAGUGAAAAUGAGUUUAGUUUCCCUACAACGGAAACAACCACUGAUAUUCUGUAAGGAAAAGAAAAUGUAAAACCUAGUCAUAUAGAAUACUGGAAUUAAUAAUUCUGUCCUGUAAAUUUUUAAUGCAUUAAAAUUAUACUAUUUAUGUUAUUCUUCCUGUCCUUUUUGUUGAAUUUAUAUAUGGAAAGAUUUUUGAGUAUAAACAGGUAAAGAAAUAAGAAAUAAAAAAG